AUGAACCUCACCACUCUCUUUCUCUUUUUUCUUCUACUUAUCUCACUAAAUUCCCAUUUUGCCCUCGCCGGCAAACGCAAGGUCCACAUCACCGACGACUUAGACGACGUGUUCGACGAUGAGGAAGAUGAUGAUUGGAAACAAUGGGGCAAGAAACCCGCUCCUUCUUUCGCUCCCUCCGAUAUAACCAAGAUGGAUACUAAGCAGAUCCAAGAGGAGAUGAAGAAACGCCACGUCGGACCCGUCAUCGGAUUCGUCAAGCUCCGAUUAGGUGUUCGCCGGACUCCGGACAUGGUAGCUGAACUUGCCAUGAAAUGGACACAUGUUUUGAGAACAGGAGCUGUUGGAAUAAGGUUUACAGGUGUUGAUCUGAGUACAAUCAUGUUCAACAUGGACAGUAUCAAAGACUUAGAUGAGUUGAAGGAAUUUGUCUUGGAUCAAUCAGAAGCAUAUGAGAUUAAAAUGGGGGAGCAAUUUUUUAGAAGACCUGGAGAUCUACCCCUAGACGAACUCAUUCAGAAGCAACAUAGUGAGAAGAGCGAAGCGGAUAAUGCAGGUCCAGAGGAAGCUGAUGGGAAUUUGAAAACAGAAUUGUAG